UACUUGAGCCGAGCCCAGCCCAGCAGUCUGUGGAGCUGGUGGACGCGCGCCUUGGCACCAAACUUGUUUUGCAACGCUGACCGGACACCAUGGCCGACAGCCGGGAUCCAGCCAGCGACCAGAUGAAGCUCUGGAAGGAGCAGCGGGCCGCGCAGAAACCGGAGGUCCUGACCACGGGAGCUGGCAACCCGGUAGGAGACAAGCUCAACUCCAUGACUGCGGGGCCCCGCGGACCCCUCCUCGUUCAGGACGUGGUGUUCACCGAUGAGAUGGCUCACUUCGACCGAGAGCGAAUCCCCGAGAGAGUCGUGCACGCCAAAGGGGCCGGGGCCUUCGGCUACUUCGAGGUCACCCACGACAUCACCAAGUACUGCAAGGCAAAGGUGUUCGAGCACAUCGGGAAGAGGACCCCCAUCGCCGUCCGCUUCUCCACCGUCGCCGGAGAGUCAGGCUCAGCGGACACUGUGCGUGAUCCUCGUGGGUUUGCUGUGAAAUUUUACACAGAGGAUGGCAACUGGGAUCUCGUUGGAAACAAUACCCCCAUUUUCUUCAUCAGAGAUGCCAUAUUGUUUCCAUCCUUUAUCCACAGUCAAAAGAGAAAUCCUCAGACACACCUGAAGGACCCAGACAUGGUCUGGGACUUCUGGAGCCUCCGUCCUGAAUCUUUGCAUCAGGUCUCUUUCUUAUUUAGUGACCGAGGGAUUCCGGAUGGACACCGGCACAUGAAUGGCUACGGCUCACAUACUUUCAAACUGGUGAACGCAAGCGGAGAAGCCGUUUAUUGCAAAUUCCACUAUAAGACUGACCAGGGCAUCAAAAACCUUUCAGUGGAAGACGCAGCAAGGCUUUCCCAGGAAGACCCCGACUACGGGCUCCGGGACCUCUUUAAUGCCAUCGCCACAGGCAACUACCCGUCCUGGACCUUCUACAUCCAGGUCAUGACGUUCCAGCAGGCGGAGACGUUCCCCUUCAACCCCUUCGACAUCACCAAGGUCUGGCCUCACAAGGACUACCCCCUCAUCCCCGUUGGUAAACUCGUCCUGAACCGGAACCCUGUGAAUUACUUUGCUGAGGUUGAGCAGGUCGCCUUCGACCCAAGCAACAUGCCUCCAGGCAUUGAGCCCAGCCCGGACAAGAUGCUGCAGGGCCGCCUGUUUGCCUACCCCGACACACACCGCCACCGCCUGGGACCCAACUACCUCCAGAUCCCUGUGAACUGUCCCUUCCGCGCUCGAGUGGCCAACUACCAGCGGGAUGGCCCCAUGUGCAUGCUGGACAAUCAGGGUGGCGCCCCCAACUACUACCCCAACAGCUUCAGCGCCCCCGACCAGCAGCCCUCCGCCCUGGAGCACUGCGCCCGCUGCUCCACAGACGUGCAGCGCUUCAACAGCACGAACGAGGACAACGUCACCCAGGUGCGCGAUUUCUACCUGAACGUGCUGACCGAGGAGCAGAGGCGGCGCCUUUGCCAGAACAUCGCCGGCCACCUGAAGGACGCCCAGCUCUUCAUCCAGAAGAAGGCGGUCAAGAACUUCACCGACGUCCACCCCGACUAUGGGGCCCGCAUCCAGGCCCUGCUGGACAAGUACAACGCUGAGAAGCCCAAGAACGCCAUCCACACCUUGGUGCAGCCUGGCUCUCACCUGGCCGCGAGGGAGAAGGCUAAUCUGUGAGGCCGGGGCAGCUGCCCGUGGCCACCCUCGAAGCAAAGCGCGGCGUUCACUCGGGACCCACCGCCGGGGAGAGCUCUGCUGGGCGCACGGGCCGCUGUCCGCCACCCUAACCGAUUUCUAUGGCAGAAGAGGUGGCGGAGAUUUCUAAUCUUGUCCCCUGGGGAAAUAAGGGCUGGGCUUAACAGGCUUUUAAGAGAGACGUAGAUUUGCUUUGGACAGCUGGUUGGGUUAUGUCUGCUUAGAGUAACUAGCAGGAAACUGGCCAGGAAUUUGCUUUGUCUUUUGUAAAGAAAAACCCUUGGUGAAAUGAAUGUGUCCCCGUGUCGUCUCAUGGCCUGCUACAUAAAAUACAGCAUAAUUAUACCGGAAGGAGAGAGAAAGAUGAUCACUCAGAAAUUUUGAUUUUUCUAAGAGUCUUAUAGGAAAAACACGUUUAACGCACUCGGCUUCAGAAGAUGGCGGAGCUACCACGCCUCGUCGUCAUCUGUCAUCCCUGCUUGCGACUGAUCGGGGCGGGUCAGCCCUCAGCACUGCACAUGUGCUCACAGCGCUGAUUUUACGGCAGCUGCUUUCUAAUUGCUCACGUUUUUACAAUAAAGUAAUCCGUACGUAAAAAUGAA